AUGUACUCCUCAAACCCCUUUCCCAGCGACCUUUUCAGCCUAUGGAACCACAAGACACGUGAUUCUAAGAUGUCUAAUAAAGGUGAACAAGAACACAUAAAAAACUUGUACGCCCCUCCACUAUCGGCAUAUUCUUCAGACUUCCCAGGUGCCAGUUUGUACCAAUUAGAAUAUACUAUAAACACAACAACCAAUAGCUCUCCCUUAUUUACUAAUACUCCUUUGACUCAACUGAAACGCGCACAAUUAGCUAAAAUAAGAAAUACUGGUUAUACCACUAUUAGACCGAUUGGAAUUGUACAAACUAUGGAAGAAAUUGAAUUGGAAAAAGUGUAUUACAGCCUGGAUGAACAAACAAUGGACCCCGCAGCAGCAGCCAUAGAGAAUUCCAGCGAUGCUAUAGUAGGCGCUAACGCUAGCACCGUAUCAAUACAACAACAGAUACAACAACCAGAAAUUGACUUAGAUGCGCAGGUAUUUAAUGCUGAUGAAAUAUACGCCGGUACAGACGAUGAAAGGGAUUCUUUAGACGAACUGGAUGUGCAACGUAUGCGUAGACAAGCUGGUGUCACUAUGGAUGAUGAAGGGUUUAUGGCAGCAGAAGUUGAAUAUCAAGAAGAUCAUAGUUUAGAUUCAGAGCCAAAUACGGGAAUAUUGAUAAACAGUAGCAACAGUGGUACAAGCACAACUUUCAAUUCUAAUACCAAUACAGGUCGUACUGUAACUACUAAUCCUACUACAACGAGUGGUUCUUUGUUGCCAAUUGAUGAACAAAACGAAAACGAAUAUUCAGAACAAGAUAUGAUCGUAGACUAA